AUGAUAAGCCAGAAAUAAGAAACCAUUUCAUUUAACAUAGUGAAUUUUCCCCAUUCGAAGAAGUUAUUCUUAGGGUUAGGAGCUAAGAGUAACUUUAUUUGUGAAAAACUCAACAUUCCCUUACUUUCUCAAAAAUAAUAGGUUGACAAAAACUAAAGAGCUAAUUUCAAAUUGUAUACAGAUGUAAACGAAAACUCUAGAAUGCUGGGAAGGUACCAGCACACUCAAAGAUUUAAAAUCUAAACUUCUUUGCAUGUUAAUGAGUAAUUGGACAAUAAAGAAUAAAUAUGGAGAGAUAAAGAUAUGUAAACAAAACGUGGAUCAUCUUAAUAAAACUAUGUAGAAAGAAAAUCAUCAGAAGGAUCAGCAUCAAAAAUCAAGAAGGUCUUUAAGGACAGAAUGUCUUAUAUACCUUAUGAUUAGAGUUAUUAAUAAGACCUGUAAAUUAAAGAAAAUUAUGAAUAUGAGAACAGAAGAAUUUCAUCAUCGUUUGUUGAUAAAAACAGUGAUCACAUCAAUAUACCCAGAAUAAAACUUUCUCAUAAUACUGUAAUAGUAAGAAAUGAAAAAAAUUAAAGUAUCUCAAAUUAAAUUUACAAUAAAUAAGAAAUUAUUGAGAAUUUAAAAAUAAGAAGGAUAUAAAUUAAAAGGUUGAGACUUAAGAGUAUUGCCCUAUUAGUAAUUGCUGUUUGCAAGUUAAGCAAAAAAUAUAGGUAAAUUUAAAUUUUAAAAAUAGGCUUGUUUUGUUAAAAAGAAAUUAAGCAAUACAACAUUUUAAGAAGUUAAAGUUGCCUCAUUUAAAUUAUCUAUAGUUUUUUGGACAAAGACAGAUUAAACAAUAAUUUUAAAAUUUUACAGAAAACCUAUUUUCUAAAAUAAGUAGUUUAUUAAUUAGUGAUAACUAUAAUAAAGGUCUUAUUGAAAUUUUAAAGUAAAAUGAAGAAAUGANAGUAUCAGAAUCUAAAUAAUGUAUUCAAGAUUUAUAAAAUUCAAUAUUCGAAUAGAAAUUAUGA